AUGGCCGAGAACGAGAACGAAAAGAAAGCAGAAAAAGACAAAUUUUCUUUUUUCAGCGGAAUGAGGAAAGACAUAAAAAAUCGUGCACAAUAUUAUAAGUUGAACAGAAAUUCUUUUGAGAAGUUCAAUAUUCCUAUAACAGGUCUGAUUUCACCGAUGUCGCCAAGUCUUUGCAGUCUCUCACUUCUGUUGUUUUCAUGUUCUUGGCAACCAUCACGCCUACAGUUACUUUUGCAGCUCUCAUGGGUAAUUUCAAUCUUUUUUCGCAAAAAGAUAAUGAAGAAAUGUUUUCAGCGGUAUACACUGGCGGCUCGAUGGGAAUGAUUGAAACUCUUCUGUCGCAAUGCUUUGUUGGGAUGUUCUUUUCUCUUUUUUCUGCUCAGCCGCUGAUUAUUGUUUCUGCUACUGGUCCUGUUCUAGUUUUCGAAGGGAGUUUGCAUACAGUGAGUUUUGAAUCAAACACUUUUUUUUCAAACUUUUAUUUCUUUAAUAUGGAAGGUCAUUUUACUUUUCGGUUGGGAAUAUCCAGAAAAUUGGCCAGAAUACUUCUUGAUGUACCAAAUGAAGAUCCUCAAAUUCUCAACCUGCAUAACAUCCUAGUUCUUGAGAAAAAAGACCUCACAGCCCUAAUACAGCCUAUAUUCAUGGGUUUUGGAAGUUUUCUUUGAACUUGAUGCGUCUAGGGAGUUGUACAGGUUGAGGCUUUCAGAAUCUUCUUCUGGUGUUUUGAAGAUCGUUUUGGACAUUUUUUUAGAAAACUCCAAUCCAUAAAUUAUGAUGACCUUCCUUGUGUCUUCUUGGUAUUUUUCCGAUUUCGAUGCCAAGAGAGUUCAAUGAAAUUUCCAACAAUAUCAAAAAAUGUUUUCUUUACAGAUGUGCGAAAGUUUUGGAAUCGAUUUUCUAACAAUACGGCUUUACGCGGGUAUCUGGGUCCUUUCCUUCUGCUUAUUGUUCGCCGCAUUCAAUUGGGCUAGAAUUGUCUACUUCGUCACUCGUUAUACCGAAGACAUAUUUUCAUCUCUCAUUUCGUUGAUUUUCUUCACUGCGAGUUUGUCAUUCCUGAAGGAGGUAACUGCGAGAAAACUGGUUAAUUUUCUGAUUUUUAUUCAGACGUGGAAGAAUCAUCCGGCAAAAAAUUUGGAAUAUCACAUUGCCCAUUACAACGAAUGUGCAAUGGCACUUGGCCGGAAUUCAACGGAUUUGACGGGUUGGUCAUUUUUUGCUUUUUUUUUCUAUUUGCAAAUUCCUGUUUCACUUUGAGUACAAAGAGAUUGAACUUUUUCAGUAAUAUGUCUUGAACAACAGCCCAACACUGCUCUUCUCACUACUACAGCAAUGUUCGCUACUUUUGCAUUAUCCAUUAUGUUUCUGAAAAUCCGUCAGAGCAACUGGUUUGGUCGUCAUGUGAGUUACAAUUUUUGAAAAAGAUUAUUCAAAAAAAAAAGAAAUUAUUCAAAUUUUGAAGCUUUUCAUACAUAAAAAACUGUAAUGUUAAGUUUCGAUUUGAAACCGGAGAAUGGUGUAUCUCAAUAAAGUGCACUUUUACGGAAGAGCCUCAACAGACAUUUUGCAGUUCCGGAACAUUUGUGGCGAUUUUGGAGUUGCGAUUUCUCUUCUAAUGGUGUCCAUAACUAUACAGUUCUUCUUGGGAGACAUUGCGAUUGAAGUAAGACCCAGAGAAUCUAAAUAAAGAAUUCUUUAGUACCUUCAAAUGCCAUUGCAACUGGCGUUUACAAACAUAGCAGCUCGAGGUCAUGGUCUUGUGGUGAUACCAAAAGAAGUGGAUCCCGUGGAGUUUCUGGCUUCCUUCGUUGUAGCUCUACUAAUCUUCAUCUUAAUCUUUGUGGAAACGGAAAUAACUGAGUGAGGGAAAAAAGCUUUUGGAUGAUAUCUAUGGUCCACGUUAAGGAUGUUGCUGAGUCGUAAAGAUCGGAAAACGGUAAAGGGAUCUGGCCUGCACUGGGAUCUUGUCUUGAUUGGUUAGUUCUUCAAUUUUAUCAUGAUAUUUCAAUGAUUCAGGUUUCUGUACCUUGGUUUCUUCUAUUUUCGGCGUCCCUUGGAUGUGUCCGGCGGCCGUUCAGUCUUUGGCACAUUGCUCCUCACUCACAAUCGAACAGAGAAAAGCUCCCGGCGAACAGCCAAGUAUGGCAUUGUGAGAAGAAAUGCAGCGUUUCAGAAUAUCUCAAAUCCAACUUCAUGUUAUUUUCUGUUCAGAACCGGUGGCAGUGAUUGAACAACGAGUCACAGGUUUCCUGAUUUCGGCGCUGAUUGGAGUUUUUGCCUUGGUUGGGAAGCACAUCGCCUUGCCGACAUCUGCUCUGUUCGGAGUCUUCAUCUACCUGGGAGUGAUGAAUCUUCGAGGUGUCAAGUACUUGGCUCGCUUUGGGCUCAUUUUCCUACCUCGGAAGUACUUCCCUAACGUCCCAUAUGUCAACAAAGUUAGUUUUCUUAUCAUCUUCAGUUUUAAAUAAGCUUCUGAACAUGUGAAACUAGAACGGAUCUCAUCUUUCAUGAUCAUACAAGAAGAGAUCAUGUCUGAAAAGUCUAAUAUUUGUCGGUCCCUCAAACUCAAAACUCUCGAAAUGUCGGCGCACGCACAAAGGCGAGACCAAACUUCGGCUGCUUUUUUCUCUUCUUUUUUUCUCGACGACUUCCCAGCGAAUGGCGUUCGUCUACGGCUUGUUCAAGCAGACAUAAUGGCUUCCGCGCAGGACUCCAACGCCCCCUCGAAGCCUUUUUUUAUCAUCGGCUUUGACCUCAGGAAACUUGUUCCAUUCUCUUGCGCUGAGCAGAGAAGCUUUUCACACAAAAGAAAAAAGGCUGCAAACUCUUUGCUCCUGUUGAACUCAUUUAGAAGAGAAGGAAAUGUUAUUUGAACUUAGUAACCUUCAAGUUUCAAAAAAGGCAUCAUCGUGGAAUAGACAAUUUUCUGAAACCUUGCUGUGUCGUCAGAAGCAUCGAAUUGCAUGACUGAAAUCUGUGAAGCGAAGCGGAAGUUUCAUUCAUUCCAGAGAGUAGUUGAACUUUUGUGUUCCCCUGAUAUUGAUGGCAAGAAGAAUUUCUUCGCUCGCUUUUUUGAGCUGAAAUAGGACUGGUUAAAAAGGAAUUUUUUACCUUCAACUUUAAUUUUGUGUCUGCUUUUUUUUUGAAUCGAAGAGAAAAUUUUUUUAACAGGAAAAUUCUGAGCAACAGAUUGUUAAACGCAAGGUUUCCCGAGAAAAAAAAUUGGGUUCAAUGUUUUAUUUUCUGUUCGAUCCUAUUCGUAAUUUGAUGUGAACUUCCGAUACUUGAAAAUUUUCAAAACAGAAAAAGGUGUGAUUUUUGUUCUUCAUACGUCACACAGUGACUUUCUUUUCGAAGACGGUGCUAGAAGCAAAGAGAAUGGCUUUUUUUGUGAUAUUAAUGUUUUUUUAUGAAAAACUAGCAAUUCUUUAGUUAAAAGGGGUAUAAGUUACUGCAUAGCUAUUUAAAACCUGUGCCAAGUUUCAAAACUUUUAAAUCAUUUUCAGAGAAGUAAUGCUCUAAAAGCCACUCUAAAAUACCUUUACAGGCAAUACUGAAGUUUUAACAGAUUCUCAAAAAAGUUAGAGAAUUGCUAAUGGAAACUUUUGCAGGUGAGUCUGCCCAAGAUCCACCUUUUCACUGGAAUCCAAACGUUCCUCAUCGCGAUUGUUUUCCUCUGCAAGCAAAACAGAGGUAGUUCAACAUUCCCUGUCAGAAUUCACCAUUCAGGAGAACUACUCGCAAUCCUCGACUUUCAGAAACCACCGUCGCUUUUCCAUUCCUCUUGAUCACUUUCGUACUUUUUCGCCAUCUUGUGCUCCCUUACUUUUAUACCGAGGAAGAACUUAUUGCGGUACGUUUUCGCCUUAUUUGUUCAACAUUCCUUUAAAAUAUAGCUGGACAGAAGAAUUCAAACAUUUUUCAGCUGGAUGGAGAGGAAGAAGAGGAAGAAGUACACGAGCCUGACGCAGAAGACUGCUACACCAAAGCUCAUUUUCCUCUUUAA